GGGUCCUGCGCGCUGCCGGCGGCGGCGGGCGGCACGGGCGCGGCGCUCAGAACAGCCGCGGCGGCGACAGCAGUAGGUGCAGGCGCUGGCUUGGUGCUCCCGUCAGCUGCCCACCAUGGCCCCGGGGUUGCCCAGCACCGCCAGCCUGGCGCGCCUCUGCCAGAAGCUGAACCGGCUGAAGCCACUGGAGGAGUCCACCAUGGAGACGUCACUGCGGCGCUGCCUGUCCACGCUAGAUCUGACCCUGCUGGGUGUGGGUGGCAUGGUGGGCUCAGGCCUGUAUGUGCUCACGGGCACCGUGGCCAAGGAGAUGGCUGGCCCUGCUGUGCUCGUGUCCUUUGGCGUGGCUGCCGUGGCCUCCUUGCUGGCAGCCCUAUGCUACGCAGAGUUUGGGGCACGGGUGCCCCGCACGGGCUCUGCCUACCUGUUCACCUAUGUGUCCAUGGGCGAGCUGUGGGCCUUCCUCAUUGGCUGGAAUGUGCUCCUGGAGUACCUCAUUGGUGGUGCUGCUGUGGCCCGGGCCUGGAGCGGCUACCUGGACGCCAUGUUCAGCCACCGCAUUCGCAACUUCACUGAGGCCCAUGUGGGAUUCCUGCAGGUGCCCUUCCUGGCCCACUACCCAGACUUCCUGGCUGCUGGCAUCCUCCUUUUGGCCUCCACUCUCGUGUCCUGCGGAGCCCGCGUCUCCUCCUGGCUUAACCACCUGUUCUCUGUUGUCAGCCUGGGUGUCAUCCUCUUCAUCAUUACCCUGGGCUUCAUCCUGGCCCGCCCGCACAACUGGAGUGCUGCGGAGGGGGGCUUUGCACCCUUCGGUUUCUCUGGCAUCGUGGCCGGCACCGCCACCUGCUUUUACGCCUUCGUUGGCUUCGAUGUUAUUGCUGCCUCCAGCGAGGAGGCCCAGAAUCCCAAGCGAGCCGUGCCUGUGGCCAUCGCCAUUUCGCUUGGCCUGGUGGCUGGCGCCUACAUCCUUGUCUCCACCGUGCUCACGCUCAUGGAGCCCUGGCACAGCCUGGACCCUGACUCGGCACUCGCUGAUGCCUUCUACCGGCGGGGCUACAGCUGGGCGGGCUUCAUCGUGGCAGCUGGCUCCAUCUGCGCCAUGAACACUGUCCUGCUCAGCAACCUCUUCUCCCUGCCACGAAUUGUCUAUGCCAUGGCCGCCGACGGGCUCUUCUUCCAGGUGUUUGCGUACGUGCACCCCCGGACGCAGGUGCCUGUGGUGGGCAUCCUGGUCUUUGGGGUCCUCAUGGCUUUCCUGGCACUGCUGCUGGACCUCGAGGCACUGGUCCAGUUCCUGUCCAUUGGCACACUGUUGGCCUACACCUUUGUGGCCACCAGCAUUAUUGUGUUACGCUUCCAGAAGCCCCCACCAUCCAAUUCUCCAGGCCCGGCCAGCCCUGGCCCCAUGGCCAAGGAAUAUGACUCCUUCUCAGACCACAUACACCUGGUGGGCGCCCAGCAGGCUUCAGCCCUCGAGCCUGGGCAACUGCGGCCAGCCCUGAGGCCCUACCUGGGCUUCCUGGAUAGGUACAGCCCUGGAGCUGCCGUGGCUUGGGCGCUCGGCAUCCUGGUGACCUCAGCCAUCACCCUGGGCUGUGUGCUGGUCUUUGGGGGCUCGGCCCUACACCUCCCACGCUGGGUCUACAUCCUGCUGGUCCUGCUCAGCUCUGUUGUGUUUCUGCUCAGUCUCCUGGUCCUGGGGGCCCACCAGCAACAGUGCCAGCAAGACAGCUUCCAGCGUCCUCCUCAACGUCUGCCUCAUGCUGAAGCUCAGCUACCUGACCUGGCUGCGUUUCUCCAUCUGGCUGCUGAUCGGGCUUGCUGUGUAUUUCGGCUACGGCAUCAGGCACAGCAAGGAGAGCCUCCGGGAGCCAUCAGGGCCGAUCGCUGCGCACUACGUGGUGUUCCCCAGCGGCGGCCUGGAGGAGGCUCUGCAGGCCGUGCAGCCCCCUGGCCAGGCGCUGGCCCAGGAGUCCGGCCACGUGGAACAGCCCACCCGCCUGUGAAGCCCACCGGAGGCCUGCCAUGCUUGCCCUGCCCUCCGCCACCGCCAGGAGGCUGGAAGGGCUGGAGCCCCUUCUGUCCGGAGCAGCAGGGGUUGGCGGGCCUGCUUACGCCGAGGGGCCUCAGGACCUUAGCCUGGGCCGAGCCACAGGCCUCUGGCAGUGGAUUCUGCCCAGUGCCUUCCAGUUUAUGACCAACUCCAGCUACCUGGGCAGGUGGGGUGGGGCUGGAAGGGAAGAGACCCGCAGCCCCAGGGCUUCACAAUUACAACCCCUCAGCCAGCUGUGUGGCCUACCGCUGUGUCCAGUGUGGUGUUCUUUGCGUCCCUGAGCCCUGCUGUCCCCAGGAAUGAGGCAGUUGCCCCUGACCUACAGUAAAGGCUUGGGUUCUGCAAGGGGGAGGCCCCAGCCCUGGGACGGCCCAAAGUCAGGGACCCAACUGGGCCUGGGGGACCUGGCCUCAGGCCAGCUCAGAGGGAAGCUACAUGCCCCAGGUGAGGAGGGGUGCAGGCAGGGGCACAGGCUCACCACGUCCCCUGGGAGGGAGGAUCCAGGCAGCAGAGCCUGGGCUCCAAGGAGGCUGCCUAGACAGGGCAGCAGAGAGCAGAUUCCGGGGUUCCCUCGGUCCAGGGCUCCCAGAGAGCAGGGUCCGUUCCCGAGGUCUGCCCAGGGAUGUGCCUGUGUGGGCACGUGCUCCUCUUGGGCAUGUGCUCACACAGCUACCCUGGGCACACACCUGCGUGCACACUGAGCCCACAGCUGUUUCCUGGCUCAGGCCCCUGUGCCACUGCCCAGCUGUCCCAGCCGGUACCCCUCCCUCCCCACCUCCCUACAUGCCCACUGCCUCCAGGCUCGGCAGUGAGGCCCCAGAAUGGUGCAUACGUGUGUGUGCAGACGUGAAGCACCCGGACCUGCUCCGAGUACCUUCCAGCGGGCCUGGGAGCUGUGAGGCCCCUGUCCACAGGGGGACCCCAGGCCACCCUGCACCCCCUAGUGGUCUUCCAAAAGCCAUGCU